AUGCCUUUGGACGCCCUCGGAUGCCGUCUGCACUUGUGCCCGCGCGUCUCGAAGAGCGUCUCGGGGGUAGACACUGGAAUCCGGCCCGAGGGCCCACUCGCUGCGCGGUCAUGCCCUCAUCCUCCUCGCCGUCCUCCGUGGCCAUACUUUUGGCCCAUAGCAAUUCGAAACCAGCGCGCGGCGGCCCCGCAGAACCCGGACAUCUGCAGCAGCCCUUCCACGCCCACGCGCGUCCCAGCGGCCAUGGGCUACGCGGGGUACGCGCCAGGCGCCAACUCCCGCGCGGCUGAGGCGCUGUCGGAGUACGAGAGGGCCCUGCGGAGCCUGCCCCUGGACAAGUGGGAGGAGACCCUGGAGCUCAUCGAGAAGCUCACCAGGAACGUGGUGCGGAAUCCCCGCGACGAGAAGUUCCGCAAGAUCCGCCUCUCCAACAAGAAGAUCUCCGAGUCCAUCACCGAGGUGCCCGGCGCCACCGCGCUGCUGCGCGUGAUGGGCUGGGCGGACGCCUCCGAGGAGGGCGGGGCGUGCCUGGUGCUGCCGGACGCGGUCACCUUCGACUUCCAGGAGCACGUGGGCAAGAUCGUGGACGCGAAGCCCUGGUACAAGAAGGAGGUCGAGGACUCCAAGCGCGCCCAGGCCCGUCAGGAGAGGAUCGAGGCCGACCCCGCGCUCAAGGCGCUCAAGGAGAAGAUGGACCAGGACCGCGCGGAGGUCGCCGCCAAGGGCCCGGCCCAGGCCAGCGUGGCGAAGAAGUUGGGCGACGGCCCCAACAUCAUGCGCGCUGGCGACGUCGGCAUCGGCCAGUCUUCUGGUGGAUGA